AUGGAGGCACCAACAACAGGUGAUGGUCUACCUACUAAUCUUUCACGUACAAAUGAUAGUACUAACACUUCGGAAGCAUCAGAAAUUGGAAUUUUAAUGCAUCCUUCCGGUGAGAAAAUGCAAGACCCCAGUCAAAAACGUUGUUCCUCGUCUUUGCCAGCCACUCUUGGAACUGAUAGGGUUUCUCGUGAGAGCUCGAUUCGAAGGCAGUUCAGUAACAUAAAAAACUCUAGUGGAAAAUCUUCUCUUCAGGCCAAAACAGUACCUAAUUUUGGUGAAGGUACCGAUCAAAAGGUUCUUCCACUACCCCCCACGCGUACAACGCCAACAGAUUGGUUUUCAAGGUCACCCGAUCAAAGUUGCUCAUCUCUAACCAAUACCAAAAUGCCUAGUAAAAACGAUGCUAAUGCAAAUAGUAACCCUCCUUCUACCCAGUCUUACAAAUUCGGACGCUUUUCAUCGAAUUUUGUGCAAGAUUCCGGACAAUCUCAUCCCCUGGCAAGAAUAUUUCUCGAUGCUGUUGAACGUGGUGAUAAGUCUACGGUUGCAAGAUGUCUAAAAUGUCCCCAGCCCGUUAAUGUUAACUGUACAAAUAUGCUUGGAAGAACUGCAAUUCAAAUCGCCGUCGAUAAUGAAAACUUUGAAAUUGUGGAAUUGCUUCUAAAGGAGCCGAAUAUAAGAAUAGGAGACGCCCUAUUAUAUGCGGUACAAGAAGGAGUAUAUCGGAUUGUAGAGAUGCUAAUCGAUCAUCAUUCCAUUACUAAAGAGAUGCUUAGUACAUCCUGGUCAAAGAGAAUUAGCUUGUCUGAAGAAAGUCAUGAUUUUUCUGCCGAUAUUUCUCCCGUCAUUCUGGCAUCCAUCUGCAAUCAGUUUGAAAUCUUGCAACUUCUACUCUCUCGAGGUGCCAGAAUUGAAAGACCUCACAGGUCAAAUUGCAGUUGUAGCGAUUGCUCAGCUAUGUACAAAGAAGAUUCGUUAAAAUAUUCCCUAUGGAGGAUAAAUACCUACAGAGCUCUGGCUAGUCCAGCUUGGAUAUCACUCACAUCACCAGAUCCCAUUCUGGCCGCUUUCAAAUUAUCAUGGGAAUUAAAUCACCUAGCAUCCAGGGAGAAUGAAUUCAAAGAGGUAUUUUUGCAGCUAUCGGAUCAGUGCAGGAAAUAUGCUUGUGACCUUUUAGAUCAGUGUAGAAGUAAGGAAGAAGUUCUCGCGGUAUUAAGCAGAUCCUCAAACAAUGAGGACAUUUACACGAGUAUUGAGGAAUGUAGUGGAGAUGAAGAAGAACAGGAGAAAUCAGCCCUUCGUAGGACUACAACAGUGACUAAAAGUCAUUCAAGAAGGUGGCAUGCUAGACCUUAUCAUUUGGACAAUUCCUUCGAGAUGGGAGAAUUCCACCCACCACAGCGGUUUGACAGUCAGUAUACCUUUGUUGAUGAUUUUGCAAACAUGGAUAAUCAUAUACAACAGAAACAGGAACAUUCGAAGGAGGGUAAAAACAUGGAUGACUCACAAGAUUCUCAAGAACUUUACGAGGAUGAUGAAGAUGAAGCGGAAACGGGAUAUAUUUAUGACGACAGUGGAUCCGAGUCGGAUUCCCAGCCGCUGAGAUUAGAUCGACUAAAAUUAGCCAUCAAAUAUGAACAGAAGAGGGUAAGAUAUGCUUCCAUUUACUUUUGGUUCCAUAUUUAA